UUGUAAUCUCGCUCUGUCAGUAUCUGUCUGCAAUUUCUCUUUACUAUGCUAUAAUUACGUCUCAAACUUGAGAAUUUGGUCAUUGUUGUUGUGUUAAUAUUACUUUGUAAUUCGCAGAUGUAAUCAGAUAACUGCAGAUUUUUACUCAGACGAACCAAAAUUAAUAUUUGCAUUAGUGUUUUCUUAAGGUUUUGUUUUUGUUUCCGUUAUCCGUUUUUUUUUUUUUUUUAGCAAAAUAGAAAAUGAGUUUCUUGACCAAACUUUUUGGAGGGGGCAAAAGUGGUUCCAAAGCCCCUACUCCAGCAGAAGCAAUUCAGAGACUGAGGGAAGUCGAAGAAAUGUUAAUGAAAAAACAAGAAUUUUUGGAACGUAAAGUUGAACAAGAAUUGCAAACUGCCAAGAAGAAUGGAACCAAAAACAAACGAGUGGCUUUGCAAGCAUUGAAACGAAAGAAGAGAUACGAGAAGCAAUUGACACAGAUUGAUGGGACUUUGACAACUAUUGAAUAUCAACGUGAGGCCUUAGAAAAUGCUAAUACAAAUACUGAAGUAUUGAAAAUAAUGGGAUUUGCGGCUAAAGCUUUGAAAAAUGCCCAUGAAAUGGAUGUGGAUCAAGUACAUGAUUUGAUGGAUGAAGUACAAGAACAGCAAGAAAUAGCCAAUGAAAUUUCUGAUGCUAUAUCUAAUCCAGUUGGUUUUGAUAGAGAUUUUGAUGAGGAUGAAUUAGCUAAAGAGUUAGAAGAAUUAGAGCAAGAAGAAUUAGAUGAACAGCUUAUUGCUGUUGGUCCAGCUGGAGUAGAUUUGCCUGCUGUUCCUACUGCCGAGCCUAGUCGUCCAGCUAAAGUUAAACCAGUUGAAGAGGAAGAUGAUGAUAUGAAAGAACUAGCUGCUUGGGCUUCAUAAUCCUCUCCAGUAAAAAGAAAGCAAGUAGCAACAGAUAUGUUUUGUAUAAAAGUAUUUCUGGGAGACUGUUUGAAAUUCUUCUUUCCUAAUGCUAAAGUCUCACAAAUUAUCUUUCUUUUGGGAACCCUAGUUGCUGCCUUCCAUCUGAGAAUAACAGUGAUAAAAUGAAUAAUUUUCAAUUAAAUUAGUAUUUUUGUGGUCAUUGUCUCUUUUAUGUUUAAAAAAUUACUUUUGAAGUGAAAUAAUAUUGUUCACAUAUGAACUCAGUACAUUAUUAUUAAUUUUAAGACACUGAAGGAAAGCUUUUAUUUUAUUGCUGUUUUUGUUUUUUGUAUUUUUUCCCCAUAAGCAUGGUUAUUAAGGCUAAAUUAUGAACUGAAAUAUGAUAGAGACUGAAAGUUAGAAGGAGUUUUGGCUGCUGUAAUUAUAUUUGUUGUGGCAUGUUUUUUAAGAUUGUAAAUUAUUUUUCCACGUUUCACUUUCCCUGAUUGUUGAUAGUGACUAAUAUGCUUCAUUUCUUAACUUUCAAUGAACUAUUAUGCAUUAGUCUUUGCAAAACUGUAUGAUGUAUAAAUAAAUUUUUUUACAAAAUCUU